UUUGUGGCUUUAUAUCUCGACCAGUACUUUUGCCUUGCCAAUCAGAAUCGAACAAACAGCAACAAAGCACAAAGAUGGUGUGCAAAAAGUGUGAAAAGAAAACAUCAACAUUGGCCACAACAGACCCCUUCCAGCCUGCUUCUUCCACCCGAAAGAUUGGGGAGAACAAGUUAUUAAGUGCAAGAGCAAAGGCAGCCCCGUACACUAAGCCGGGACAAGGGUCUAAAAAAGGAAGCAUUAACCCAUAUGGAAACAAGUGCAUCGAUUGCAAGCAAUCAGUACAGCAGAAUAAUGCCACUCGAUGUCAAAAAUGCGCGUAUAAGAAGGGACUCUGUGCUAUUUGCGGUAACCUUAUUCUAGACACAUCUCGCUACAAGCAGACAGCAAAAUAAAACAGAUACCCAGUCGUCAAGUUUCUUUCCGUCAUUUUCGCUACAUGAAUGUUGUAUGAACAAGUAAAUGCAAAUAUUGUAAGCAACAGGUAAAUAUACACAAGGAAAUAAAACCGAAUUGGGCAUAUGAAUAGAGGGAAUCUAGAACAUUUUGACGUCAAGUAUCUCACUUGGUUUUUCGUAUCAGACUUCCAAAUCUCUUCAGUCCUUUUUCUUUCGCCGGCGCUGGCGGUGCUUCUUCGU